CGGAGUUAUCCGGCUUGCACGUACACAGCUAGACCCCGAACUAGACCAAGCGUAUCAACAGAACUAACAUAGGCAUGUCCGAUUCCAAGAGAAUGAAAUGGGAAGUUCCUGCUUCAACCAUGGCAAGGAAUACCUUCAAUCCCAUUCGUGAUAUUGUAGAUGGGAUGAAGAUUAACCCACACCCAGAUAAGGAGAUGAUUGCACUUUCCAUUGGAGAUCCAACUGUUUUUGGUAACUUAAAACCGUCUGAGAAUAUUGUAGAUGCAGUAGUGAAGUCUGUAAAAGAUGGAAAAUCCAACGGUUAUGGACCAUCAGUUGGUUACCUUGAAUCUAGGGAGUCCAUUGCUAAAGCAUUCAGUGAACCAACAGCACCAGUGGAUGCGAAGGAUGUGAUUUUGACUAGUGGUUGUUCGGGUGCCUUAGAGCUUGUUAUAGCUGCACUAGCCAACCCUGGACAGAACUGUCUCAUACCAAGGCCUGGAUUCUCUAUUUACGAAACCUUGGCUCUGUCACUCAGCAUUGAUGUCAAGCGGUAUGAACUAUUGCCAGAUAAAGACUGGGAAGCAGACAUCGAACAUAUGGAGUCGCAGAUUGAUGAUAACACAGCGUUCAUUAUCGUCAAUGACCCGUCAAAUCCAUGUGGUUCCGUUUAUUCCAAAGAACACCUCUUACAAAUACUAGCAGUUGCUGAGAAACACAAGCUUCCGAUAGUUUCAGAUGAAAUAUAUGCAGACUUUGUGUUCCCCGGUGAAAAGUACUACAACUUAGCGGGACUCACAUCAGAAGUACCAAUCCUUUCAUGCGGUGGUCUUACUAAGAGGUAUCUGUGUCCUGGAUGGCGUGUUGGCUGGAUCAUUAUACAUGACCGAAAUAAUGUUUUUGAGAAAGAGGUUCGGAGUGGUUUGCUGAGAUUAUCACAGCGUAUUCUUGGGCCGAACACGUUAGUCCAAUCAGCAGUAAAAAGUAUUAUUGAAGAUACACCACAGAAGUUCUUUGACUCAACUAUAGAAGUGGUGAAGAAUAACGCACAUGUCGGUGUUGAAAUGGACAAGUUUCCAGAUUUCAAAAAUGAUCUAGAGUUUACUCAAAAGAUGAUAAGUGAUCAGUCUGUGAUGUGUCUUCCCGGUCAGUGUUUCAAGUAUCCAAACUUUUUUCGAGUGGUGUUGACACUUCCACUGCCAAAGAUUGAAGAAGCCUGUAGCCGAAUUACCGAAUUCUGUAAAAAGUAUUAUGUUGUUAAUAACGGCAAACCUUAAAACUACGAGUUCAGAAAACAUGCAGAGUAAUGAAGAAAUAGAAUCUUUUUCAUAUGCAAAUUUCUGUGUUUUAACAAUCAUUAUGAUCUAUAAAAUGAAUAUGGCUAUAAUUAAAGAACGGUGGACGUCCAGGCGCAUUGUGCGUGAUAUAGAUCACAUACCAUUGUUUACAGGACCACCAAGACUGUCGACAGUCGGUCGUACCUAAUAUUAAUCUGUUAUUAAUAAUAAAUAUUGUGUAUAAAUGUGUAGACAUGAAUAAAUUUUGAACGCAGGGACAGGAAGUAAUUCCCAUCGCAUUUCCCAUCAAACUUAUUCUGUGUUUGAAUGUCGAGGAUACACAAUUACAUUAGGCCCGAGGACUGUCGACAGUCUAAGGACCAUCGUCCUUCAAUACCCAUAAUUCAGUGUGGCUAUAACUGUUUGCAUUCCAUGAGUCAAUAUUUACCCACAAUGUGGGAUCAACCAUUUGAAAUCGGGGGGGGGGGGGUGGCUGGAAGAGUGUGGUCACUGCAAUUGUUUUUUUUUCAUGGUGUGACUUAUCUGUAUAUUUUUAUUACACCAACAUUUUGCAUGCUAAUUUUUCCUUUCGUGUCCUGCUUUCAGUUUUUCAACAAAUCUUCUAUUUACCAUGGCAAUGAUUACCCAUAAUUCAUCACUCAGUCUGGCUAUGUUUACCCCACAAUUUUAUUUGAUUACAAUUACCCAUCAUUCAAUAUGGCUACAUUUACCCAUAAUUCAUCAUUCAAUAUGGCUAUAUUUACUCAUAAUUCAGCAUUCAAUAUGGCUACAUUUACCCAUGAUUCAUCAUUCAAUAUGGCUACAUUUACCCAUGAUUGAUCAUUCAACCUGACUACAUUUACCUGCUCAUUUAUUCAAUUAAUAUAGUCACCUUGAUCUCAUCAUUUGUUUUGUGCUGUAUUAUCUGAGAAUUCUUAUCAACAUAUAUAUGCAAAUAAUAUGCAAAUAACAGUCAUUGUGUGAUAUUUGAUGUAGUAUACAUUUUCUGUCCUACAUGAUAUGAAACUUUAACUAAAACUCUCUACUUAGUAUUAAAGCUAUGCACUUCAGUUAUGAACUUCACA